AUGGAGCCACGUGCGAUGAUGAUGUCGAACCUGUCGUGCGACGGCUGCGCGGACAGCGACCGGGACUCGGACAGUAGCAGCAUGAUCGUCGACCCGGUGAGUCUCGACAAGAACGACCUGUCGCCGCCGUCGCAGACGUCGUCGAGCCCGGUGAUGCCGAGCUGCUCGCCGGUACCAAUGCCGACGUCAGUGCCGCCGUCGGCCGGCAGGAGUCGGAGCGGCGGCGGAGGCGGAGGCGGUGGCGGCGGCGGCGGCGGCGGCAGCGGCAGCGGACGCUCCAAGAAAACGUACUCGAUGAUGUCGGCGUCGAGUCAAUCGGGAAAAUCCGGCGGUUCCGGUCAACCGCCAACCAGCUACGGCUCCGAUAAGAUGUCGUCGUCCCUAAUAAAGCCGCCGUACUCGUACAUCGCGCUGAUCACCAUGGCGAUCCUGCAGUCGCCGCAGAAGAAGCUGACGUUGAGCGGCAUCUGCGAAUUCAUCAUGUCCCGCUUUCCCUACUACCACGACAAGUUCCCCGCUUGGCAGAACUCCAUCAGGCAUAAUCUUUCGCUGAACGACUGCUUCAUCAAGAUCCCACGCGAGCCCGGGAACCCGGGUAAGGGUAAUUACUGGACGCUGGACCCGCUGGCGGAGGACAUGUUCGACAACGGUAGCUUCCUGAGACGCAGGAAGCGAUACAAGAGGCCACCGCCGCACUACGUGCUGCGGGACCGAGCGAUCAUGGCCACCUUCGCCAUCUGCGGCGACCGGGGACCCUGUCCGGGUGGCGGCGGCGGUCACCCGGGCGCACUCGCCUAUCCCGGAGCCGCUUACCUGUCGCCGCCGCCCGGUCUGCCGUUACUAGACUUCUCCCCGUCGACCCUGGAGGCGCUGAAGCUCGGCGGUUUCCUGGAACCACCACCGCCGCUCUACAAACCGGUGCCCAUCACGGCGCCGCCUAUCAGGCAGCUCGACCCGACCUCCACCAGGGUCACGACGCUGCCGGUCAGCCAUACGACGAGCGUCGACAAGAAACGCAACUUCAGCAUCGACGCGCUCAUCGGCAAGCAAGCGGCCAGCGAUCAGAACUGCGGCGCGCUGCUGGAUCUCAGCCCGUCGGAGCACAGAGAGAUCAGGAGCCAGGCGUCCGCCUUCUCGCCGCUCGUCUAG